GCAGUCAUUGAGUCUGACGCUGGCUGGGCUGGCUGCAGUAUACUACGGCUACUACCUGCUGCUACUGUAGGCGGCACCAAACGAGUCGAAUCGACUUUUACUACCCAACUCGAACCAACCUCCUCCGAUCAGGUCACCCGCCGACGCAGGCCACAACCACCACUUGGCUGCUUGAUCUUGCUCCAUCUCACUCUCAACCACUCUCCUUCACUCUCCUUCUUGCACCUCUCCCCAUAUCAAAAGGGUCAAACCAGAACCCCCAUCAAAACAGAAAGCUCACAACGAGCACCUAGUAACUGCCCCCAACCCACACCCACCGCCUUAUCGCAACCAUGCUCUCAAGGCCUGCCGCUCGCCUCCUCCGCGCGCAGCCCUCGGCGCGCGUCCCCGCCCUCACAAGGUAUAUCUCGACCCCUUCUUCCUCGUCGUCGUCAUCAUCAGCCGCGACAAAGAAGGCCGGAAAGCCCCUCCACACGUCGUCGUCGCAGCACGUCGCCGCCACCAACCCCGCCAAUGUCGAGUACGCCGGCAUCAAGGGCCGCAACACCAUGACCCCCGAGGCCAAGGAGCGCAUCCGCGACCACGCCAGGAGGAUCCAGAGCUCGGCCGUCGCCAGCGACCCUGCUGCCGCUGUCCGCCCCGCCCCCGCCCCCCACUUCCAGGCGCCCCCUCAUCAGAACACGGCCGAGUCGCCAUAUGCCGUCUCUGAGGAGGACCCCAAUAUCCGCGAUGGCUACGACCACUCGUUCAUUGGCCUCUCCGGUGGUCAGAUCUUCCACGAGAUGAUGCUCCGCCACGACGUCAAGCAGAUCUUUGGAUACCCUGGCGGUGCCAUUCUCCCCGUGUUCGACGCUAUCCAUGACUCGCCUCACUUUAACUUUGUCCUCCCCCGCCACGAGCAGGGUGCCGGCCACAUGGCCGAGGGUUACGCCCGUAUCACUGGCAAGCCCGGUGUCGUCCUCGUCACCUCGGGCCCUGGUGCUACCAACGUCAUCACCCCCAUGCAGGACGCUCUUUCGGACGGUAUCCCCAUGGUUGUGUUCUGUGGUCAGGUCGCCACCAACCUGAUCGGCUCGGACGCCUUCCAGGAGGCCGACGUUGUCGGUAUCUCGCGCAGCUGCACAAAGUGGAACGUCAUGGUCAAGGACGUUGCCGAGCUCCCCCGCCGCAUCAACGAGGCCUUCAAGAUUGCCACCACUGGCCGCCCCGGCCCCGUGCUCGUCGACCUGCCCAAGGACGUCACCGCCGCCAUCCUCCGCACCCCCAUCCCCGCCAAGACUGUCCAGCCCGGCAACUCGGCCCUCCCCGCCAACCCCCUGGCCCCCGUUGUCACCAACACUUCGCCUGGCGAGUCGCACCUCAUUACCAAGGCUGCCGACCUCAUCAACCGCGCCAAGCGCCCCAUCAUCUACGCUGGUAACGGUGUUCUCUCGUCGCCCGAGGGCCCUGAGCUCCUCCGCCAGCUCUCGGAGAUUGGCGACAUCCCCGUCACCACCACCCUCCAGGGUCUCGGUGCCUACGACGAGCGCGCCGACAAGUCGCUCCACAUGAUCGGCAUGCACGGUGCCGCUUACGCCAACUUUGCCAUGCAGGAGGCCGACGUUGUCAUUGCCCUUGGUGCCCGUUUCGACGACCGUAUCACUGGCAAGGUCGACACUUUUGCUCCCGCCGCCAAGCAGGCCGCCCAGGAGGGCACUGGUGGUAUCAUCCACUUUGAGAUCCAGCCCAAGAACAUCAACAAGAUUAUCGAGGCCAACAUUCCCAUCCUUGGCGACGUCGUCGCCUCGCUCCGCGAGCUUGUGCCCCAGAUCAAGGAGGUCGACCGCUCAGCCUGGAUCUCGCGCAUCAAGGGCAACAAGGAGAAGUACCCCUUCACCUUCACUCCGUCCAAGGCUGGCGAGCGCAUGAAGCCCCAGGAGAUUGUCAAGGAGCUCGACCGCCAGGCCGAGGCCAUUGGCAAGGAGAAGGUCAUCAUUUCCACCGGUGUCGGCCAGCACCAGAUGUGGGCCUGCCAGUACUACCGCUGGUCUGAGCCUCGCUCGUUCAUCUCGUCGGGUGGUCUCGGCACCAUGGGCUUUGGUCUUCCCGCCGCUAUCGGCGCCAAGGUCGCUGCGCCGGAGAAGAUUGUCGUCGACAUUGACGGUGACGCCUCGUUCUCGAUGACGGCCAUGGAGCUCCAGACUGCCAACCAGUACAACAUUGGUGUCAAGGUGCUCCUGUUCAACAACGAGUUCCAGGGCAUGGUCGAGCAGUGGCAGGACCUCUUCUACGAGAACCGCUACUCGCACACUCGCAUGUCCAACCCCGACUUCCAAAAGCUCUCCGAGGCCAUGGGCGCCAAGGCGCUCAAGUGUGAGAAGAAGGAGGACCUCCCCCGCCUCAUGAAGGAGUUCCUCGAGUACGACAACUCGCGCCCGAUCGUGUUCGAGGUCAUGGUUUCGUCCGAGCACGUCUACCCCAUGGUCCCAGCAGGCAAGGCUCUUCACGAGCAGAUCCUCCACCCCCUCCUCCGCGGCAAGACUGCCUAGGUUAUUUCAUGUGUUUUUUAGUAUCAAUCAAUAGGGCGCCGAUGUUGCGAUGUAUUGUGCACGGCGGGA